ACCGUCGUCAGUUCAGUAUCGGGCCGUCGUCGUAGCUGGUUGUUGUUUGGUCGUUUACGCGCUUACGUCUAUCGGUUGAGUUUUCGCGUGUUUUCCUUUAGUGCAUGUUAUUUUUUGUGUCUAUUCGAUUGCCACUUUCUUCUGAGUGCCAAUUUCGAUUGCGUACACAUUCUUCCGUUAUCGUCGCGCUGAAUUUCAUGUGUUUUUCGAAGGAGUCAUUCCGAAUGUGAUCCCGAGUUUACACUCUGUUGCUACGUUGCAAAAUCCUGGUGAUCUGAUCAUGGAGGAGCUCCCUUCAGCAAGACAUUGAGAUGACAAAAUGCUCUGUCUCUCCAGUGCCCGGAGUGAAGUCACGAAGUGAAGUGGUAGUGGUUAUCUGUUUGUGAGCAUAGCAUGUUGUUUAUGUGCUAAAAUAACCUCCAGGAUUGGAAGGAGUGUCGAUUUUCAGAAAACCAUCAUCAACACCAUCAAUCCACGACGGUAGCCGGGAAAGGAAAGAUAGAAAACAGAAACGCCCGCAAUCUACACAACGAAUACGCAAAGUGACUUCCCUAGAAGAGAGUACUCAAGAGUGUUGUGCUGUCGCAGUGGAAAUUUCGCAAACAUCGACCAAAAACAAAACAGCGUGUUGGGUAAACAAGGUUUUGGUCUUCUGGGUGUAUUCAAAUUCGAAACCAUUCACGCCUGAGUCAUUAGCGAUUUGUUUCGCCACACUAGCCGAGUAUUCUUUCAUUACGGAUUCGGAUUCGCUCACGAAUACAUCGGCACGUGGUUUGGUGAAGUGAAAUGUUGUUUUUUCGGUGAAUCGAAAGGGGAAAUUAAUACGACGGUAUAAUUGUUAGACCGAAGCCAAAAUAAAACGGAAAACCGGCAGCGCGAAGUGAAGUCAAGUGAAAGGAGGAAACGGCAGUUGUGGUUAAUCCUAUUAAAUUUUUGCUUUGGUGUAAACAAAGUACAAAAGCUGAACGGUGAAGAAGAUAUGAAGUUUGUUGUUGCUGAUAAAAGUGUACCACCCGCAUAUUUGUGACCAACGUACACCAAACCAAUCCAGUCGGUUCCGUGAAGUGUGUGAGUGAGCUUGUUAACUGGAUUAUUACUCCUCGGCUGGGCGUUCGGUUCGCGAAUCGUUCUCUAUUGGAGUGCGGUGUUUACAUAGAUAGAGUUGCUGUGCAUCGCUCAUGUGGUGCAUGUUGCUGUUACUGCAUUCGCCGCCGCACGAGGUCGACAAGUAAAUAAUGCACCAUCAAGCCCUCGAUCGCAGCCGCUGAUUAAACAUAUGUUCAAGAGUAUCCAAUGGUUGUGCAGAGCGUCAAAACAAAGCAACGGCUUCUUUAUUUCCGACUUGCGGCAAUUCCCGGUUACUCAAUGUGCCUGACAACAAGACCUGCGCCUGGAUGACGUUAUAUUAUACUGCCCCCGAGCAGAAGCUGCAUCGGAUGUUCCACGUACGGAUUGUCAGCUGAUCGGAAUUUAUUCGUUACAAUCUACGGAGGUCGCGCGAUCAACGAUCCUGAGUAACGGGACACGCGUCGUCGUGCCUUGAGCAGAAACCAAUUGUGAUAUUCAAACAGAGCAACAACAAAGUACAAAUUAAUUAACCUUAAUUAAUCGCGGCUUCCAAGCGUGGUGCAGAGUAUCUCAUCGUGUGUGUAAUUGGCCAACUCUAGUUAGACACGCUAAAACUAAACAUUAAUUAAAUGGAAACUGCUAACCGACUGGUGAUACUGGAAGAGCCAAAGCAGUUGCAACGUGUGAAAUGUAAGGACGAAGGCAAAAAGAAGGUCAAGAAAAAAGUGGAUUUCAUCGACGACGAGGUCAAGGACGAAAUGGCAGAGGAGGCUUCCGUACCGAAGAACGUUCCAGUCUCUCCAAUUACGGAUGAUGACUUCGAACAUAUUAUCGAAAAGUCAAUGCAAGAUUUGGAAACCAUCAAGUCGGAUUCUGAUAGUGAUUUUGGUGAUGACCAUGGUCUCCCAGUGAAGAAGCCGCCAACAAAUCAAGCGAAGAAACAGCGAAAGAAGAACAUUGCCUCCUCAAGUGAUAGUAGUGUUAGCGAUGUCGAAGAAGAUGUGUACUCGUGGAUGGAAACUUGUCAAAAAUCUCCUCUUAGCCCAAGACGGGUUGAGUUCCCGCCAUUGGUAGCCGUUCAUCCCUCGGUGCUCCCAUUUGCGGUGCGGCGUCGUUUGUCCGAAUGUGUCGAAGAAGAUGAAGAAGAAGACAAACACCACGGCAGCCAUGCAGCCAAACAUAGUGCAGAUACACCAAGUAUCGCUAUCCCCAAGAAUAUCCCCUCUCCAACUAAUGGAAAACUAUCUCCCAAAAUCGAAGAACCCACAGCAGUUCGGAAAUCUCGUUUCAUGGUCACCAAAGCAAGUGAACUUCCUCAACUUCGACCGGAGUCAAUCAAUCUGCGACCGCUGUCGGCUGCACAAAACUCUCAAACCAUCCACUUUCCGUGCAGUCAGUUCAGUCCGGAUCGCACAUCGUUGAAAAGCAUCUUCUCCCCGGAAUCACCGUUUCCAAAUCCUCAUCUGGACAAACGAUUUUUCGACACCUCUCUGGUCGAAAUUCGACCAAUAACCAGCAGUAUUACAUCUGCCACUGGUAUCGGUGUCUCAACCCCUGAGGAUAGCACUACCAGUACCACAAGCGCCGCCAGCAAAAAUCCGAUGCCAUUCGAGCUGGACGAAGUCUGGGUCAAACGUUCGGACACUGAACCAACAACCUCACCAAAGAAGCCAUCAUCAGCUGGGAGCAGCGCACCAACGACGGUAACGUCCUCCAAAUCAGCAACAUUGCCGGCGGCGGUAUUUUCGUCACCAACGUCGUCCGGCAAACAAAAGGCGAAGAAAGGCACCGCAAGCGACUCUGCCGAUGGGGGCACUCAGUUCCAGCGCCCUUCGACGGCCCCGGCCGGAACGGAUUCCGCUCGUUCCUCCAAACGGAUGAAGAAAAGCGAACGGGAAGCCAAAAAGCAGGAAAAAGAACAGAAGAAAAUCGAACGGGAAACGGCCCGACGUCUGGAACGCGAAGCGGCCAAGCUGGAGAAACUCAACCGAAAGCAUGAGAACAUAUCCCGCAGUACGGAGCGCGUCAGUGGAGGACGGUCCGGUUCGCUGGAAAGGCGGAGAAGUGGUGACGAUGGUCCGGUGUUGAAUCAGUCCACUGUUCACGGUAUUGCUAGUCCUAAUCGUCGGCCGACGAUUUUCGAUGUGUUUCGACCACGCAAGGGUUCGGACUCGAAGAAGAAGAAGGAUGACUCGAGCAAAUCGAGCUCGGACAAGGACAGCACCAGCGGCAGUGGGACGAUUACCGGUUCCGGGGGUAUCAUGAACAGCAUGAAGGCGGUCCUGCAUGUGGGAGGCCGCCACAGUCAUCACACGGGUGCUGCACAUCCGGCUAGUGCCGGUGCGACGAAAGUGCGUGAUGGCUCAGCUCAUCCCCAUGCAGGCAGUGACGCACAGUACUACCACACGGUGACGGCUGUGCGGCGAGCCGACGCCGGCAAGUCUCCUAUGACCAAAGUGAUGGAUUUGUUCAGGCAUCGUUCCAAUUCAGCAGUGUCCGAAGCUGACAAGCGCAAGGCGCGCGCGGCACAACAACAUCAACAACAGCUGGCGGCCCAAACGGCUCAUAUGCGACGAGCCUCGGCGGAGCUAGCGGAAAGACGACGAGCAUCACUGGGUGCCAGCCGAGCAUUGCGACCAGACGGUACCCUAGAUCCGUACCACGCGGCCAUCCUGUUCCGAGAUUCGCGAGGGCUCCCGGUGGCCGAUCCCUUCCUGGAAAAAGUUAGCUUAUCCGAUUUAGAAGAAGACGAGUCGCAGAUCUUUGUCAAGUUCUUCCGAUUCCACAAGUGCUACGAUUUGGUGCCGACGUCGGCCAAGUUGGUUGUCUUCGAUACUCAGCUACUCGUCAAGAAGGCAUUUUACGCGCUCGUCUACAAUGGCGUCCGGGCAGCACCGCUCUGGGACUCGAAGCGGCAGGAAUUCGUCGGCAUGCUGACAAUCACCGACUUCAUCAAGAUCCUGAAGAUGUACUACAAAUCGCCCAACUCGUCGAUGGACGAGCUAGAGGAGCACAAGCUCGAGACGUGGCGAAGUGUCCUGCAAGAGGAGGUUAAGAAGCUAGUUAGUAUUGGGCCAGACGCAUCGUUGUACGAUGCCAUCAAAACGCUUAUCCACAACCGUAUCCAUCGAUUACCGGUGAUUGACCCACAAACCGGAAAUGUUUUGUACAUAUUAACCCACAAAAGAAUACUUAGGUUUUUGUUUUUAUAUAUUAAUGAACUACCAAAACCGUCGUACAUGCAAAAGACGCUACGUGAAAUCCGAAUCGGCAGCUACGACAACAUUGAAAUCGCCACCGAGGACACCAGUAUCAUUACGGCGCUCCACAAGUUUGUCGACCGGCGGGUCUCGGCAUUGCCCAUCGUAGACAGCGAACGACGCCUGAAGGAUAUCUACGCCAAAUUUGAUGUGAUUAAUUUGGCUGCCGAAAAGACCUACAACGAUCUGGAUGUUUCGCUGAAAACGGCUAACGAACACCGGAAUGCCUGGUUUGAAGGUGUCCAGCAUUGCAAGCUGGACGAAACCCUCUACACAGUGAUGGAACGAAUCGUUCGGGCCGAGGUGCACAGGCUAGUCGUAGUCGAUGAAGAAGAAAAGGUGAUCGGUAUCAUCUCGCUGUCGGACAUCCUCCUCUACCUAGUGUUGAGGCCAACCGGAGACGGUAUAGGCAAUUCGGAAUCGCUACGGGCAACGGACCCCAGAAUCCGAAAGUCUCCCAACAAACUCAGUCAGACCAAACGAGAUAGCAACGAAAGCAUUGAAGAGGAAAAGGAAUCCACACCGGAGGAAGCGGUCGAGACUGAGGAAGAGUCGAACAGUGGCGAAAAAGAUACCGCAGCUAACAAGACUGAACCGGCAGAGGAUGAGGAGGAAAACGGCGAUCAUGAUCAAGCAGAGGACGACGACGUUCCUCCUACGGAGUCACCCGCCGACCACAGUUCCAAUGGUUCUCCCGUUCAGGAGAUGCUGAACGAAGAACACAAGGCCAUACGUGAUACACUAGCAUCAAAUGUCCAAAGAGAAAUCGGUUUGGUUAGUGAAUAAAUUUCAAAGUAUAGAACCAUUCAAUGUGAUGUCGUUUCUUAAUAGAAAUUUUGAUCGUUAUUUCUGUGCAAAAUUUCGUCUUCAAAGUCAAACUCAGUGAGGAAGAAAGCAGCACAAUUUUAAGCAUGGAUUUAAGUUUGUACAUAAUUUGAUGAGUAAAUAAAAAAAGCGAUAAUAACCUUGUGAACGAAACUUGUUGACACAGAAACAAAUAGAAGGCCUUAUCAAUAUACACACUGGAAACAAACAAUUCUAAUAUUUUUUGCGCAACAAUAAACGAAUGGGGUAAAAUUUGUGAUCAAAGUGCUGCUAUGCUUCCUGAUUUUGAAUGGGGGGUACUUAAACGUAUCCAGUCGCGUUAGAUGUUCUUUUCAAAAACCUGGAUCAUUUCACCAAGUGACCGAUCCGAGGGUUACAAGUACAAACCAUUGAUGUGAGGAAAACGGAAACGAUGAAAUCUAUGAUAAAAUCUUUGUAAUUAUAGGAAACAUGCAGUCAGAUAGUAGUAACAAGCAUAGUUCGUUUAAAUGCAUACCAAACAUGCUGUAAUCCAUACAUGGUUAGAUAGUAGAUUUCUCCAUUAACUGAUACAUAAGAAAACUGUUUCGCAAUGAGAAAACACCACCUUAUUUUUUGAUUGAUUUCAAUUAAUAUUGACAACUUUUCCUGAAUAAAGGAAUAAAAACAAACCAAACUAAUUUCAAAAAUCUAUUUAAAAUGUGAGAUCCUAUAGUUCAGCUAGCAAUAAGUGAAGCAUCAUAAAGCUCUAAAUUAAUUGAGACAGCACGCCCUGCUCGUAUGCAGGAAACAAAUCGAGCGCAAUUGUGGUAAAACAUUAAAACUGUAUAAAAUAGAGAUAGCAAUCUGUCGCUUAACGCAUCGUGCAGUUCUUCGAACCUCUUCGUUCUGCUAAAAUUUAAAGAGAAUUUCAUAUCUUAUAAAUUAUUAUUUAAAACAACAAAUUUCAGAGUGCGUGUCUGACGGUAGAUAUAUUCAACUAAGAAUGGGUUGAUAAUGAGUGUGAUGCUAUGAGUGUCAGUGAGAGUACUGAUCGGGAGUUAACCUGAGAGAACGAAGAAGAAAGUAGAAUGUACAAUAAAAUGUUGAUAGUACAGUUUAAGAAUAGUAGUAAAUAUCAAAAAGAAUGGAUGAACCACUAUUUGAAUAUUGCUGCUAAAAGAAAUUCAAGAAAAAAAAGUUCAAUGAAACAUUAAAUAAACAAAUAACUAAAUA